CUUCAAUGUCAGCGUCUUUAUUACAUAUUUAUGAUGUGUGUACACUACUAAAUUACAGCCUUUUUAAAACCUAAAAUCUCUACCAUCAAUAUGAUCGUUGAUUAUGAUAGAACGUCUUCCAUGGAUCUAACAACUAAUCCAGAUUUCAGAAACGAAUCCUUUUUAUCUAUUUUAGACAACAAAAACCAAAUAAUCAGUAGUUUGAAACAUCGACUAGAAAACCAGAAGUUGCAGAUAUUAUAUUAUUUAAAAAAAGAAAUAGACUAUCCAAAAAUUAUAGACCUUUCUCGUACGUGUACCUCAGAAACCAGUGAAAGUUUGCCUGUAUCACUAGCUUUAGAACAUUUUAAAAAAGAACAUAACAUCAAAAGUAAUUUAUCUUCAUUGUAUGACUAUAUGAAAAACGUUGAUAGUAAGCUCCUAAACAAUUUGAAUUCUCAAGAAUAUUUAUUAAAAACACUUGUUGAAACACUUAUCGAAAUAAUCAGAAAUUCGGAAAAAAAUGGUUUGCACACUACUCCAAUUAUAACGAAAAGUUCUUUUUGGAUAGAUUUGUUCAACGAUCUUUUGAAGGCAACAAUUGGGCUAAGAAAAAAUCUACAUUCGUUUCAGAUUAGUUGUAACAAUUUGGUAGUGCUAGAAGAUGAAAGAAAUAGUCUUGUUGAACAAGUUCUUUGUUUAACACCAGAAGAAAGAUUAAAUUUCAAUAUUUUAAUGACCAUUAAGCAAGAACAGAUAGAAUUAGACAAAAAGAGUUUGGAGCUGAGAAAGCAACAAGAAAAUUAUAAAGAACUGAGAAUCCUCAACGCUAUAGAAGAAGACGUGUCUGGUUUGCAAAAGGAGAUUAAUAUGUCUAUAGAUGAAGCAAAUAAAUUGUCCUAUGUCGGAAAUUUAAUAAAUAAUCUUCACAAAGAUGCCAAGAUGUUAUUGGACGUUACAAGAAAAUAUGAUAGAGCUGAUGAAUACAAAUCUUUCAUAAUCAACCUAAUAAAAAUAGCAAUUUCAAAUGGGGAAUUACGUACUAAUAACAAAGAAGAAUUAAGCCUCUUUCAGGCUAUUAAAACUGAAUUCCAGAGUAUACAAAAACAAUUAAAAGAAGACUUAACGCAUAUUAAAGAUAAGUAUGAGUGCAUCAAGGAUAGGCUACAUACCGUCCUGCAAGAAAAAAAUGAGCUAAAGAUAAUAAAUAAUGAACUAGAAUGUCUUAUAAAAUAUAUGGAAAAGAGCCAUGUUCAUGAAAUCAAUUCUUUAAAACAAGAAAGUGACAAACUCAAAACACAAUUAGAGGAUUUAAAAGUACAUAAAGGUUCAAACAAUGAUCCUCUUACUACAUUAUCAUCAAACAUUCCAAGAAAAGACACAGAAAUGAAAAAAACCAUAAAACUAUUAGAAAAAAAGUUAUCUGUUAUGACCGAGACAAUUGCUAAGCAAAACCAAGAGAUUCUUCGUCGAGGUGAAACGAUAGAAGACCUUAAGAGGUCUUGUAAAAGAGCAAAUAAGGAAUCUAUUGGUGUCCAGCAUGGUUCUAAAAAAGAUUCUACUAGUACUCAACGUUUAGAGAAAAGUGCUGUCACUGUGAAAAGUACUGUAGGUCCAGAAGAAAAACUUAAUUUUAAGACACCUGUAGCAAGCCUAAACAAGUCUUCAGGACGGUCAUCUAAAAAAAAAUUGCUCGUCAAAAAAUCUGUUAAUAAAGACGUAAAAUUAAAUAAAAGCUCAACUUCACAUUCUAACUCUACUCAUACUAAAAACAGUGAUAAAAAAUACACUGAAAAAAAGGUCGAAAGUAGUGAUAAUGUGAUAGAACUAAUGAAGGACUGUUCCCGUGAGAGUGUUCCUGAUUUUUGUUCACCAGUACGUGCAACGAUUGGUUCAGAAAGAAAGUGUUCACGAAGUGUAGAAGUUUUAAGAACGAACAACUAACGACAUCCAUCAUAAGAAGAAUAUGUUUAUGACUCAAAUAUUUUCUUACGUUUAACGUAUAGAAGUCAUAAAAAAUCUUAAAAUAAUAAACCAUUUUUUUCAUAUGACUUACCAACUGUU